AUGUCGAUCACUGAACAACAACCAAUGCUUCACACUCAGAAGCACGCUCACAAUCUCGAGACCAAGCACCAGAUUGAUUUGAAGGCCCUUGAGAGGCCUAUUUCUGAGAAUACUGGACCUAUCCCCGAGUCUCCUUCAUCGAACGCAUGGGUGGUGACGUGUGAAAGCGAUAGUGAUUCUGAAAUGUCUAUCGGCGAAGAUCUAGAGCAUACAAUCCCCGGAGGCGAUCAUUACCUUAUCCCAGCAAGAUUUUGUGGUGUUCCUGUUUUUAUCAAUCUCACGGCUCAUAGUUACAUAUCUAUGCCUUUUGAAGCCAUAGAUGGCAUCCCCUCCCUCGUCGAAUUUUCGGCUGCAGAUAUGGAAAUCGGCGGUCAAAUAAUUCAAGUAUUCAUUAGGGAUCAUGGAUUCUGGGACGAGACAAACGAGAUAAGCUAUGUUCCGAUAGGUGAUUCCGGGUCAAUGGUGAUCUAUGAAAGUAUUGAGGACGCUAUCAGGGCUUUAGAAGUGUUUUCUACCCAAAACGAGAGAAUAAUCUUGGACGUUGAGGGCUUGCAUAAUGAUAAAUAUCAUGAUAAGAAUGCCGAGAUAAUGGAGAAAUUUAGAAUCGAAGAAACUAAGAAGAAGCAGGAUGGGGCGGGAGAAGAAGGCAGCGGCGAGAGCGACGGGAGUGAGGAUGAGGAUGAUUAUACUGGUAAAAAUUGCGAUGAAUUUUGCGGUCUUCAUCAUGACACAUCUGAACCCGGUGAUGGCGAUUAUGGAGAUGGUCUAGCGGACUGGGUGCGCGAGCAACACCAGAGUUUAGAGAGACGAAUUGACGAGUUGAUAAUGGAAGCGGCGGGAAUUUCUUCCAUCAUCAUAGAUGAAUAUGUCAAUGAGGGGGCUUUGCAAGUCAUCAUUGAUGAGGACGAGAUUGCGUGUGAUAGUGUUUAA